UGUUUGUUGUGUGCCGCCUAGCUUGAAUAUUGCGCAACAAACUUUCUCAUGGAUUCUCCAUAUCUUGAUGAACAUUAUUUUGAGACAAAUGAAGAUGAAGUAUGUGGUAAUAUCCCAACUGGAGUUGAUGUCUCAAGGGAGAGUAAUCUCACUGGUGAUUCACUUACAAGAUUGAAGGCACAAUGGGCAGAGGAAUUGAAGCAAGUGGAAGAUGAAAUCCAAACAUUGAGACAAGUUCUUAUAUCGAAAUUUCGACGUCAGCAGUAUUUAAAACGUCAACUUGGUAUUACACCGAUUGCUGAACUCAAAAGUGAAGUUAAACAAGGUUUGGAUACUUUACGAACUAGUGAUGCAUACCUGAAAACAUCAGCGGUUGUCAAGACUGCUAAAGACAAGACAUCAGCUGUAUUAUACGAAAAAUGGAAUCUGCUACGCCAAUCUAAUGCGUACAAAUCUUUGGAGAAUAAAGUUGGCUCAGCCUAUUCUAAUGUUUAUCUUACCAUUCCAUUCUCUAAUAUGGGUAUCCAAUCUGGUUCUUCAUUAUUUGGGAAGUUGACUCGAUCGACAACAUCUUCAGGGAAUAACGAGCCAUCAAAGAAUACGCAGAACUUAACGGGGAAUUCGUCUUCAUCUAAUUGUGGUGGUAGUGUGACAGAUGUUGUCCAUCAAACGCCGCCUGUAUCGUCAUCAUCGUUGAAGAAAGACGCUGUUAACAGGGAUAAUACAAAUAUCGGUGAUCAUCAUCAUCAUCAUCAGAAUGAUGGUGCUGCUGCUCGUGUUGUCGAUGAUGAUGAUGAUGAUGAAAAAUUCGCUAUCCAUUUAGAUAAUAAUCUAUUCGAUGAAGAGAUAGAAAUGCUUACAGAUAAAGAUAUCGACAAUAGGACAAGAAACAAGAACAAGAAGAAACAGUAA